AUGAGAUUCUCACGGACCGAUAUCAUUGUCGCGUUGGUGCUGACCCUCCCGCAGAUUAUGGCGCAGACGCUCGGAGAAAGUGUCGUUGCAGCUAACGACGAUGGCGCUGCUUGGCAAACCGAUACUGUCCGAGACGGCGCUGGUGGGGGCAGCGGCCAUGCAGAUGAUGCUGAUAGGGACAUCGGUACUCUCGGAGACAGCGUCGUUGCCGGUAAUGACGACGGAGCGGCUUGGGUUACAGACAGUAUUGCCGACAGCACUGCUGCCAGUACGACGGCGGACUGGACACACCACGACUACGUGGCCGAUCACGCUGAAAAAGCCGACAGUUCCUUUACACCUUCGAACGAAGCUUCGGACGUGGGGACGGUCUCACCUCCAGGCGAUUCGACGGCAGUCAACAGUGCCAACAAGACGAUGGACGACGGAUCUACUGAUGAUACGACGGAUGAGGAUACGCCUCGCCAGAGUCCUGCUGCUGAAAGUGGAAGCAGCGAAGCCCCUCGUAUUCUUGUUGCAGCUAGUACCGCUCUCAUCGCUGUGGCUGUUGCAGCCAUGCUCUGGUAG